AUUCGAGUUAAUAUGUUGUUCACUCUUCUGCUGCUUGGCCUCAGCCCUUCUUCUGCUGACCGCUGCGCUUCUGUCCCUCCCUCGCUGUGGUGUGGCAGUGACGAGCUCAGCAAGGAGUGUGGAUCUGAAAAACUCUGUACUCGGUACCGCUCAGCGGCUUACAACAAGGCUAUAAACCUCACGCUGCUUGUGGAAGCACUGUGUCCCUUUUGUCAGGGGUGGAUGGUCGACGAGUUCUAUCCAAACGUUUUCAAAAACUUUGCCGAAUUCAUCAACGUCGAGUUCGUGCCGUUUGGAAACGCUGAGAUUAUCAACGGUACAAUUACGUGUCAGCAUGGACCAGAAGAGUGCAUGAUCAAUCGUUUUGAAUCGUGUCUAAUCCACGUGCUUCAGUCGCAGGACCAUUAUUUAGGGGUGCCGUUCGAGAACGCGAGCGCCCUGUGUUUCAGAGAUCUGUCGAUCGGUGAAGCAGACCAAAACCUGAUUCAAUCAUGCAUGGUCUCGGAGCUUGGGGAGAAGCUCCAGCAGGAAGCAGCUGAGAAAACUGCAAACGUCUGGCCGGAUCAACACAUUUUUGUCCCGUGGAUAAUCGUGAACGGCGUAUCGUUGAUUAGCAAGCAGGCGAUGAUCGACAAUCUGCCGUAUCUUCUCUGUGACUGGUACACAGGCGACGAGGAAAUCCCGUUCUGCAGCUCAGAAGAGGCAAAGAGACGCUCGAAUAGUGCUUUGAGAAGAAAUCGAUUGAUUAAUUAA